UUCCGACAUAUUUUUCGUUUUUCGUAUCCGUUUUCAGUUAUAACAUAGCAAUUCUGAAACCUCAGAACCUAAGCUACAGCUUAUCAUCAAGAACAUAAUAAUAUUAGGGUUUACAAACAACAGUUACAUAGAGAAUAGAGAGAGUCAGAGAAAAUAUAGAAAGAUUCCUUUACAAAUUUUCUUGCUUAAUCUCUUUUUAUGUUUUUUGUUUAACAUUCUCAGCACCACCACCAACAACCAUCUUUUUCUCUUCUGCUGUGUAACUAUUUCAUAAUCAUCAUUCUAAUUCAUCACAAGCUUCCAAACAAAGAGAAUUUUAAUGGAAAGUGAGAUUUGCAAAUUAGUCUCUUCUUUUUGUUUUCUUCACUUAAGUUAAUUUACAUUGAAACAAUCAUCAAACAACCCGAUCGACAUCAUUUUCAUUCAUCCCUUUUCAUUUUAAUUGAUUCCUAGCUCGACGAUGAUGAGAAGUCCAUUUAUAUAUAGGAUAUGUAUUGGUAAUCUGGUAUUAUGUUGUUGUUCAUCGUCAUGACUGCUUCAAAAUCCAAUGGAAUAGAAGACUUGUAUAAGUUGAAUAAUCUCGGCAUGAUCACUCUCCCAGCUCAAAACAUGAUCUUCAAACAACAACUACAACGCCAAAAAAGUAAUUGCAACGUCGUGGUUCACGAUAGUUAUGGUAGUGGUGAUGAAAGUUACAAGGGAAUUAAUGGUGUUACUACAACUCUACCAUCAUCUUGGUAUGACAAUCGGAACGACGGUGGUGGUGAAGGUUUAGGGUCUGAUCAUUUAGGAAUGGUUGUUGAUGAUCAUCAACCUAUGGCAGCCGAAGACGAAUCAAGAACUAGUAGUGUGAAUGAAUCAGGUUCAACGAACUCAUCAAAAGGUACAACAACAACCACAACGACGACCACAAGAACAAUACCUAAAGAUGAUGAUGAUACAAGAUGGCUCCAAUUAGGUCUCGGAGGUUCUCAUGAUGAACUAAAUUACAAGCUCGAUGAUCGUCGAAUUGAGCCAACCACAACAACGCGAACACGGAACGAUUUGGUCGAACUCAAUUUAUUUUCCGGUGCUAAUAAUAAUAUACAACAUGUGAUUAAACAACCAAUGAUCACAGCACCUCCGAAUAUGGAUACCGUUGGUACACCUAGUUUGUUCUUAUCACAACCAAGAUCAGGUUUUAGUAAUUUUCUUCCUCAACAAGAGGUUGUUUCAUGGGGUUAUAGACCUAAUAAUACAUGGAAUAUUCCAAUAGCUUCUACAUCUACUUCAUCAGCUAAUUCAUUACUACCGAUGGCAUCACCGAUGUGCCCGAGUCAUCAUCAACAGCAAAGAUUUCAUCAUCAUAAUACGGUAUUAGAUAUGCUUAAUCUGAAUUCAGACUUGAAAGUAGUCAAUCCCCCUCGAAGACUUCAUUCGGGUGUGUGGGUUAUACUUCAAGCAUCACAGACUCAAGAAAUUGAUCCCUGUUUGCCUCAGAUACCAAAAAACUACCUCAGAAUCAAAGAUGGGAAGACAACGGUUCGAUUGUUGAUGAAGUAUCUAGUGAAGAAGCUAAAACUGCAUGGCGAAUCCGAGGUGGAGAUAAGAUGUAGGGGUCAACUGUUGUUACAACACUUAUCUAUUCAGUAUGUUCGUGAUCACAUUUGGAUUGCUAAUAACAAUUAUCAUUCAAGAUCAGAUCACCACAAUCUUCAUCAUCAUCAUGCUGCUGCCAUCAUGACUUUGUUACCACAUUCUUCAACCACUGAUCAUGUUAUGACUCUCCACUACUCUAGGGUACUAGUUGAUCAUGGUGAGAAUGAUUAUCUAUCUUAAAAAAAAUAACCCGCAUGUUUAUUGCCCAUGCCUUUGUCUUUGGGUUUAGAUUUUGCACGGCCUGAAUUUGAAAUUCUAGUCUUCGGAUAAAAAAAAUGUGUUGUACGUCGUUAUUAUCUAUGUACCGAUAACUCUUUUCUUGUU